GUGUGUGAUGAUGUGGCACUGGGGGACCUGCCCCUCGCUGCUCCUACGUAUUUCCGGCUGUUUCCGCUUCCGGCACACAAACAUGGCGCCCGCAGUCCCGCUGUUAGCAGUGCGCGGUUCAGCCGGUACGUCUCUGCUGCGUGGUCCUCCGCAGUGUGAGCAACUCUCAGCCUUCACCAGGGAGGGAGUCAGCAGGUGUGUGACCUUCAGCAGAGAUGGGACGCUGUUCGGCUGCUGCAGCGGAAACAGUGUCUCUGUGAUUAAGUCUUUAGAUGCCUCCAGCGUGUUGACCUUGGACCUCCCAAAGACGAGUCUGCUGGAGUUUUCUCCUCUGAAUAACGUCCUGGUCUCCUGGCAACCAUACAGCAAGAGUCAGGACAGUACUCAGGGUGAGGCGAACCUCCAGCUGUGGGACUUACAGAGCGGUCAGCUGAUCAAAGCUCUGUAUCAGAAGAAGGUCACUUCAUGGUGUCCCAGCUGGUCCGAGGACGAGAAGAUCUGUGUGAGGAGUGUCAACAACGAGCUGCACUUCUACGAGAACAACGACUUCAAUUCUAUAGCCAACAAGCUUCACAUGCAGAAGGUCUCAGACUUCGCUCUGUCUCCUGGAGGUCAGCCCAGCAAGGUUGCCGUCUACGUCCCGGGGAGUAAAGGAGCCCCCUCGUUUGUCCGUCUGUACCAGUACCCAGUUCUGGGCGGUCCGACGGCGGCGCUCGCCAACAAGAGCUUCUUCAAGGCUGACAGAGUGUCCAUGUUGUGGAACAAGAAAGCCUCGGCAGUUCUGGUGACGGCGAGUACAGAGGUGGACAAGACCGGAGCUUCUUACUACGGCGAGCAGACACUGCAUUACCUCGCCGUGAAUGGAGAGACCGCUGUGGUCCAACUGCCAAAAAACGGUCCGAUCUACGACGUGGCGUGGAGUCCAACCUCCACAGAGUUCUGUGUGGUGUUCGGCUUCAUGCCUGCCAAGGCCACCGUCUUCAACCUGAAAUGUGACCCAGUGUUCGACUUCGGAACGGGACCGAGAAACGCCGCCUACUACAGUCCUCAGGGCCACAUCCUGGUCCUGGCCGGCUUCGGGAACCUGCGGGGUCAGAUGGAGGUCUGGGACAUGAAGAAGUACAAACAGGUGUCCAAACCUCAGGCUCCAGACGCCACCCAUUUCUCCUGGUGUCCUGAUGGCGAACACAUCGUCACGGCGACCUGUUCUCCCCGGCUGCGUGUCAGUAACGGUUAUAAGAUCUGGCACUACACCGGCUCCCUGCUGCACAAGGUGGACGUGGCGACCGGCUCGGAGCUGUGGGAGGUUCUGUGGCAGCCGUUCCCCGACGGCAGCUUCCCUGAGCGAGCCGUGAAGUACCAGGCAGCGCCCAGUGAGCUGGGAACCACGCAGGCCCUGCCCACACAGGCAUACCGCCCACCUGCACUCAGACACCUGCCAGCCACACCCAGCUCCAAACUACAUGAGGAGGAGCCCCCUCAGAACAUGCGUCCAGGUGUUUCAGGGGAGAAGAAUCUUUCUAAAUCAGCUCUGAAGAAUCAGAAGAAACGAGAAGCAAAGAAAGCAGCGAAACAGCAGGAAUCAAAGUCUGAACCUCCGCCUGACCCCGUCCCCGUCACCAACAGCCAACCAGAACCGAGCAGCGGCGACCCAGAGACAGACAAGAAGAUAAAGAAUUUAAAGAAGAAACUUAAAGCCAUCGAGGAGCUGAAGGAGCAGCAGGCGUCUGGGAGGCUCCUGCAGAAGAACCAGCUGGAGAAGAUGCAGAAGGAGCAGCAGCUGCUGGACGAACUGGACGAAUUGAACAUCGGAGAGUAGAGGGUGGAGCUACAGGCCACGCCUCGAAAUCCCACGAUCUGUGUGUGUGUGUGUGUGUGUGUGUGUGUGUGUGUGUGUGUGUGUGUGUGUGUGUGUGUGUGUGUGUGUGUGUGUGUGUGUGUGUGUGUGUGUGUGUGUGUGUGUGUGUGUGUGUGUGUGUGUGUGUGUGUGUGUGUGUGUGUGUGUGUGUGUGUGUGUGUGGUUCAUCAGUUAAUAAAGUCUUUGCGAUCAAA